ACAGUUUUGUUAGAUGCGUUGACGUAAUUUCCCUCUAAAAAGAAAAGAGAGGGAUAUAUUAAAUGGCUCCUCCCCCUUUAAAAAAGCUGAAAGUUUAGUUUGCCUCACAUCUUUCUUUCAUUUUUAAUUACCACGUUAUAAUAAAUAAACUUGUAAAGUGGAUUAUCUUCUAAAUGCAAUAGAUGUCAUUAAGUAAGCUUACAUUUACUAAAAAUUUCCAUUUUAAUAUAAAGGGUACUUUUAGCAGAAAUCUGAGCCAAUCAGUGAACUAAAAUUACGACGACCACCGCGUCGCGACGCAACAUGUGUGGCAUCAAGUCAAAUUCUAUUACGCGCAUAAAAACCGUGAAAUAUUUGACAGUAUUGACCGAUUAAAAUAUGCUAUUGUGUGAAAUAAACACAUGCAGAAUUAGCCAUAAACGCUACCUCAUAACAUCACCGAUGAAAAACGACAAUAUUUAUCAUGUUUUUCGCCGUUAUAGGGCAUCCUGGCCUGCGGUUACUAUAGAAACACUGCGGACGCUGGGCGAACGCUCUGGAAACCACAACGCAAUCACGCCGGGCGGUCCCGCGCGUCUCCGCCGCUCCAGCAGCGCAGAGGAUGGGCUGGAAGUUUCCGGAAAGUUCGCUGAAUAGAGAUAUAAAUGGGUCGCGAAUGACUGUAUCGUGUGCGCGCUCUGGAUUACCACUACCGUCUGAUACACGCUGGCCAAAUAUUGCUAACACAAAGCGGGUUUGUUUAUCUGAAUCGGUCUGUCUUACCGAGGAGAUUCCGGUAUGGCUGUUGUGGGCUUUGAUGUGGGCUUUCAGAAUUGCUAUAUUGCGGUGGUCAAGAGCGGAGGCAUCGAAACCAUAUCAAAUGAAUUCACUGACAGAUGCACCCCAGCUGUUGUAUCAUUUGGUUCAAAGAACAGGACAAUAGGAAAUGCUGCAAGAAACCAGAUAAUAACCAAUCCUGGAAGCACCAUCUUUCAUUUUAAGAGGCUCCAUGGAAGGUUGUUUCAAGAUCAAGUUGUGCAAACUGAGAAGGGGUGUUUACCUUAUGACCUGGUACCACUAAAUGAUGGGAAAGUUGGAGUUAAGGUCACGUACCUCGAUGAGGAGCACCACUUCAGCAUUGAGCAGAUCACGGCUAUGUUGUUAACCAAAAUGAAGGAGAUUACAGAGGCUACCCUACAGAAGAAAGUGGUGGAGUGUGUCAUCUCUAUCCCCUCAUUCUUCACUGAUUCAGAAAGAAGGUCCGUACUGGAUGCCGCCAAGAUUGCCGGUUUGAACUGCCUGAAGCUUAUAAACGAUAACACCGCAGUGGCUUUAAACUAUGGCAUAUACAAAGAGGAUCUACCAGGCACUGAUGAAAAGCCGAGGAUUGUUGCGUUCGUAGACAUGGGCCACUCGGCUUUGCAGGUUUCGAUUUGUGCAUUCAGCAAAGGAACGGUGAAGGUACUGUCGACUGCCUUUGAUCCCUAUUUGGGGGGGAAGGACUUUGAUCAGAGGCUGGUGGAAUACUUCUGUGCCGAGUUUAAGUCCAAGUACAAGCUGGAUGUGAAGUCCAGGGUCCGAGCUCUGUUGCGGCUGACGCAGGAGUGCGAGAAGCUCAAGAAAUUGAUGAGCAGUAACGCCACAGACAUUCCUCUAAACAUUGAGUGUUUCAUGGAUGACAAAGAUGUCUCUGGAAAAAUGAACAGGGCUAAAUUUGAAGAGCUGUGUGGUGAUCUGAUCGAGAGAGUUAGGGUUCCUUUGGUGGCAGCUCUAGAGCAGGCACAUGUGCAGCUUCAGGACAUUAGUGCUGUGGAGAUUGUAGGUGGAGCGACACGCAUUCCAGCAGUGAAGGCCCAGAUCUGUAAGUUCUUCAAGAGGGAUGUGAGCACCACUUUAAAUGCAGAUGAGGCAGUGGCCAAAGGUUGCGCAUUACAGUGUGCCAUGAUGUCCCCUGCAUUCAGAGUACGAGACUUUACUAUCACAGAUGCUGUCCCAUUCCCCAUCUCUCUUUCCUGGACCAGUGAAGCAGAUGAAGGCAAAUCCUGUCAUGAGAUAUUUGGCAGGAACCAACCUAGUCCUUCAGCCAAAAUCAUCACGUUUUACAGGAACAAGCCUUUUGUUUUAGAAGCUUUUUAUUCAGAUCCAGCUUCACUGCCGUUUCCCGAGGCGAAAAUUGGAGAAUAUAAAGUGCAGAACAUUCAACCUCAGGAGAAUGGAGAAAAGGCAAAGGUGAAGGUCAAAGUUCAAGUAGAUUGCAGUGGAAUAGUCAGUGUAACCUCAGCCAUGGCGGUCCUGCGGGUCAGCGCUGAUGAUGAAACUGCCAAAAUAAAUGGGGAGGUGUACAAUGAUGAUGGGUUUGACGUGGAUGCACAGGACAAGACACAGGAGACAAGCUCUGAUCAGCUCUCGAUAGACAAAGAAAACCUGCAAACAGCACAGUGUCCCCUCAUGAAACCAGAGCUGAAUCAUACAGAUGCAUUGAGUAUGAACGGAGAGGUAAACAAUCAACCCCCUGAUGCGAAAAAAGCAAGGAUGAAGGUCAAACAUGUUGGGCUCCCCAUUGAGAAGAUGACUACUCAGCAGUUACCAAAGGAGAGGCUAAGCACAUAUAUUGUUCAGGAGAGAAAAAUGAUACAGCAGGAUUGCCAGGAGAAAGAGCGCAACAAUGCCAAAAAUGCAGUUGAGGAAAAUGUUUAUUACUACAGACACAAGCUGGAGGGCCCCUUUCAGACGUUUCUAAAUGCUGAAGACCGUCGGACGUUCUUUGAACUUUUAAAUGGAACAGAGGACUGGCUGUAUGAAGAAGGAGCAGACCAAGAUAAGCAGACCUACCUUAACAAACUGGAGGAGAUUCAAAAACUGGGUUUGCCUGUACAAGACAGAUACCAGGAGUCCAUAAAGAGACCCCAAAUGUUUAAAGAGCUGUCAGCCAGAAUACAGAACUACACGACUAUUAUGGAGGAGUUUAAGAAUGGAAAUGACAAUUACAGUCAUAUCGACGGCAUGGAUAUUGACAAAGUCAAAGUGUGUGUUGAAGAUACACAGUUAUGGAUGACAAACAUGCAGAACUCUCAGGAUAAACUUGCACCUGAUCAGGACCCAACCAUACACAGCACUCAGAUCCAGAGGAAAUUAGAGGCACUUAACAACAUUUGUGAGGAGAUUGUAUCCAAACCCAAGCCCAGAGUCGACUAUCCUGUGGAUGAUGACAUUCAACCAGAGCCUCAACACAAUAAGAAAAGUCCAGAAGAUGUCACAAUGGAAUACACAGAUUUUGUGCAAAAUGACGGAGAACAGAAACAUAUUGAGUAGUGCACUGUUUCUACACUUAGUCAUUACCUGUGGAUUGUUCAGUAAGUGUCAUGUAAACAUUGUUAAAUAAAGCUUUUUGUUUUAUAUUUAAUUAUUUAAUGUUAAGGGGUGCACUUUACUGUUUAUCUUAUGUUAAGAGUAAUAUCAGAUUUUUCUGUAGUUUUGUGUUAUCUUAAUGUGGCAUUCACCUUGAUAUUAAGUUUGUAUUUUGCUUCAUAGUUUCUAUCUGACCUUAAAGCUAUUGAAACCCAGCUGUUUGAGUUUUUUAUUCAGAUCAUUUAUUGACCGAUCUAUUGCUGAAAUGAGUUGAUCAAAACUAGCUUCUGUUGCUGAUUCUGCUUAAGUAGAUAUAGCUUUAAAGGGACAGUUCAUCCAAAAAUGAAAAUUCUGUCAUCAAUCACACACCUUUAUGUUGUUCUUAACCUGUAUGAGUUUCUUUAUUCUUCAAAAGAAGAUGUUUCGACAAAUGAUGUUAAGCACACAAUUGACGGUACCUAUUGACUUCCAUAGCAUUUGGUUUUCCUACUAUGGAAAAAUCAAUGGGUACUGUCCACUGUGUGGUUACCAUUAUUUAUCAAAAUAUCUUCCCUUUCAACAGCAUAAAUAAAAUUAUCAUUUAAACCAACAUGAGGGUGAGUAAGUGAUGAUAGAAUUUUUAUUUUAGGGUGAACUGUCCUUCAAGUGUCCAUAAUGUAACAGCAAUACUAAGAAACUAUGGAGUGAAAAGUUAAAGCUUGCAAAUUCAAAGCUUGCCAUUUCUUUACUGUUCUCUUUGUGCAGCCAAAAGAGAACAUCAUGUAAAAUAUAUAAUUUAUUUAUAGCACAAACAGUGACAGUGACAUCCGCACAGCUAAAAAUUCGCUGGAAGUCUUUGUGCAAUUUGUUGAUAAAGUGCAUUGAGUAUUGUA